AUGCAAAAAAGUGGGGUAAAAUCAGAUGCUAUUACUUUUGUUGUUGUCUUGGAUGCUUUUAGUCACACAUGGGUUGUUCAUGAAGGGUACUCGCAUUUUGAUUCUAUGUUAAUGGUCUAUGGUCUAUGGCAUAUGUUAGGCCGGGCGGGUAAAAUUACCAAGGCUGAGGAGUUAAUAGAAGAUAUGCCCAUGAAACCAGAUUAUUUUGUGCCGAGUGAUCUUCUUGGUUCUUGCAGGAGUCAUGGUGAUGGGUUGAAUCCCAUAUCAUCAAAGAUCUAUAAAAUGUUGGAGGAUAUGAUAUCCAGGUUAAAGAUAGCAGGUUAUGUACCCGACAAACCUGAAGUACUAUUUGACGUGGACGAAGAGGAAAAGGCCCUUAGUCUGCACUUCAGACAGAAGUUAGCAAUCUCUUUUGGACUCAAAAGUACAAGCCCUGGUACUCAAACCGUUUUCAUGACUUCAAGGAUCAUGGGUUGUGGUCAUGCAAAGAUUUCUGGUAAUGUUAAUGCUGUAUUUACUUUUUUUGCCAAUAAUUCAUUGUUGUCGAUUUCGAUUGCUUCAUGA